UGCGCUAAGUGUGUGAAUAUUGUAUUUUGCUCCUGCAUUAAACCCGUUUUUCGCGAAAUGCAGAGUAAAUCAAUUACAGCAAACGCAUAACGUGUGAAGUUAAGUGAGUAAUCUUCGCGCAGAACGAAAAAUAAUAAACUAAAUAUUGAAAUUGUGCUCCAAAUUGGCAAAAAUCAAAGAAAUGGAUUUUUCACGGAUGAAUCGAACCAAGCGAUUUAGAUUGGGAGACUUAACGGACGAGCAAAUAGAACAGCUCAUGAAUUCGGUUGAAACAGAUGAAGAAACGGAUUACGACAGUGAUGAUAGUGUCAAAGAUCCCGAUUUUGUUGUGGAUGAUAUUGGCUCCGUGCGUCUCCCCUCUACUUACAGUCACGUGACACGCUGUCAGAUUUUGUAAGGACGUUUUAACAUUGAGUCUUAUGGGAUUAUUUUGUUAAACUUGAAUAUUUUAUUUUGUAGUGAUAAAAACCGAAAAAAAUUGUUAGAAUUCAUUAGUUAUUAAUUUAUACUGUAAUUUAUAGUGCAACAAAAAUAUUUUCUUUUGCGUUAAUAAAGAUUUAUUGACAUAAACUGCGAUAGUGAGGUUAUGUAUACAAAAUCGAACUGAUAAUCAAUAUUGGAAAGUGAAGAAUUUAUAUCAGAUUAAGUGCGUUUUUAUUUUCUGUUUAUAUUAAUACAUAAUAUCACUAGCGUGACACGGCAUUUUUUUUAAAUGUCUCAUUUAAACAUACACAAAGCGUCCUUAUAAAAUUUCAAAAAUCCGCCACCAUGAGCAGGUCGGUCGAUUUUGCUUUGACACUUUGUUAACGCUCGGGGCGAAUAGAAAAAGACGUCAUUGCUGAAUGUUUGAAUGAAAUGGAAAAUGCUGACACUACAGAUCAAUUUCUGGACGGAUUACACAUAAGCGCCUUUGAUGUUCCUUCUGCAUCUUCUACAUUCACGGGUAAUAAUAAAAAUUAUGAUGAAGUCGGAGUAGAUGUUGAACACCAAACUAAAAUUAGAGCUGAAAAUAAAGCAGAACUGCAAGCAUCUACAUUUUCAAGUAGGCCAGCAAAAAAAAUGCUAUCACCACUUCCAAUUCAUGAAGAAGAUGGUCCGUCUAUUGCCGUCUAUUGUGCCACCAGCUGGUGGAUUUAUUGGCGCAGCACUUGAUGCCAUCCAAAAAUCUGGACCGGUGAUUUCAAACAUUACAUGGCGUAAAAAAUCUAUGCGUCUACAUAUAAAUGAAGUUGCCUUUCUUGGAGAUUCUAAGCUGCCUCCAGAAGUGAAAUGCCUCAAAACUCCUAUGGAAUUAUUCAGCUAUUUUUUCACCGACAAAAUUAUUGAUUUGAUUUCAUUCAAUGCCAAUUUGAACGCAUAUAGAACAAACAACGGCAGUCAACAAAAUUUUCAAGUGACACCUCAAUUGGUUCGUCGGUACAUAGGCGUGUUGAUGUUCAUGUCUGUUUAUCGAUACCCAAACCUGGAUAGCUAUUGAAGCAAAUAUGCAUUUCAAGCGAUUCGAGACACAAUGGGAUUCAAUGGGCAAACAAUUUUUUAAAAUAAAACAAUUUUUAUGUUUUGAAGAUGAAGAAAAACGUAUAAAGAAAGGUGUGCCAGGUUAUGAUCCUUUGUUUCGAAUUCGUACACUUGCCAACGAACUAAAUUCGCGAUUUGAUUCGAUUCCAAAACUAAGUCGUUUAUGUGUUGAUGAACAAAUGUGCAGUACAAAGAUAAAACAUCAUCUUCGCCAGUACAUGCCAAACAAACCACAUAAAUGGGAAUUAAAUUUUUCGUAUUAUGCGAUUCCAACGGUUACGCUUAUCGUUUCGAAAUUUAUCAUGGUGCUGGCGAUAAUUUGAUUAUACCUGGGACACCUGAUCUUGGAGCCAGCUCGAAUGUGGUUAUUGGUUUGUCACAAACAAUACCCAACUUUAGACACCAUAUCCUUUAUUUCAAAAACUUUUACACAUCGCUGCCGUUAUUGAUUUAUUUGCGUGCAAGAGGUAUUUACAGUUUAGGCACGGUGCGAGCUAACCGAAUUCCAAACUGCAAGCUUCCUUUGGACACGGACAUCGCGAAAGAAAAAAGAGGAUAUUCAAUUGAAUACGUUGGCUGUUCACAAGGUGUCGAUAUUACCACAGUUUUAUGGAAUGACAACAAGCCUGUUCGACUGAUGUCAAGCUAUGUUGGAAUUGAACCAUUCGCAAGAACAAAUCCAAAUAUAUCGCAAGCAAAGGCUCCACGUUAUGUUCGCAAGGAAAAAACAUUUGUAGAAGUCGAUGUUCCACAAAUUAUAAAAGAAUACAACAGGCGUAUGGGUGGAGUAGAUUCUAUGGACAGUAUUAUGGGACGAUAUCACAUACGUGCAAAGACUCGUGAUGCAAUGACACGUCUGUUCUACCAUUUGGUCGACAUGGCAGCGACAAAUGCAUACUUUUUAUAUCGCAGAAUACAAGCAGAGAGAUCAAAUGAUUCCAGUGAUAUUGAUAUUGGAGAAGAAAAGUUGAUGGACCUACCUGAUUUCAGAGAUGAAAUUGCUGCUGGUCUUUGUGCGUGCCAGGAUAAGCGUACAGUUGGUCGACCUUCAUUAGUCACUAAUGCUUCUCAGCCAAGCACAUCUCAAAUUGGUAGAAGAGCACAACAUCCAGUUCAAGACGUUCGUUACGAUAAAAUUGAUCACUUCACAACAUGGGUUAGCGCAGAUAAAAAAGAAAGUGUAAAUUUUGCAAAAAGUCACAAACUCAGUCCGUCUGUUUAAAAUGUGACCUUCAUUUAUGUAACUCGGCUGCCAAAAAUUGUUUUUAUUUAUAUCAUCAUCGAAACUAAUGAAUAU